GCAUGAAAAAGACUUAUAAGUUAAAAAUCGAAUUAACGAGCUCGAGUUCUUCAGAGAAAACUUCCCCUUACUUAGACAGUGAUGGCAAGUAUACUUUUUAUAGGCUAUCUGAGGGAAUAUUAUGACUAUUUCGAUGUAAUUAAGAUCGAUAAUAUAACUUAUGGUGAGGUUAGUGCUAAAAGAUGUGGAAGGAUCACUAUGGAAGAUAGGGUAUGUUGUAAUUGGAAUAACUGACUAGUUUUAAGCCAUUGCGGACUUUGAUGGAAAAUAGUAGUAAUUUUAUUUUGGGGUCUUUGAUGGGCAUGGUGGGUCAUAUGUGUCCAAGUUACUUCGAGAACAAUUACAUUAUCGUUUAAAAAAUAAUUAGUUUUUCAAUGUUGAUAUCGAGUAGGCGAUUUUAGAGAGUAUUGAUAACCCCCCUUAUGUAAAUUAGGUUUUAAUUAAAUGAAUGUUGACAUUCUGAAAUAGUAACAUCUGUUGAUGAAAGACGGAGGCUCGACUGCUCUAUGUGUUAUCAAUGUAGGUAAAGAGUUAUUUGUAAUCAAUGUUGGUGACAGUGCCUGCGUAUUGAUUGAUAAAGAUUUCUAAAUCACUAAAUUAAAUUAGGAACAUAAGCCUGAUAGAGUGGAUGAGUCAAAAAGAAUUAUUGACAACCACGGAUUUGUUUUGACCAUUAAGUAUAAACACAAUUAAAAAGAAAUUAGGCCAGAAUUAAUGGAGAAUUGGCAGUAAGUAGAUCUUUUGGUGAUCCAAAAUACGUAGAACAUGGAUUAACUGCUAUCCCUGAAAUCACUAAGUUGCAAUUGAACGAAAACUCUAGAUAUUUAAUUCUAGCCACGGAUGGAUUUUGGGAUGUCAUUACCAUCCAAACACUCCAAAAUCUUGUCAUGAAUUGGGAGAAUUUUAAAGAGAAAGAAGGUCUUUCACAAUAUCUACUAGAAUCAGCAUAAAAAUAAUAAACUAAUUAUAAAAAAGACAAUAUGACAAUCAUCGUAAUUGAUUUAAUUAUUUAUUUCAAUAAAUUGUAAUGA